AUGGCGGAGGGUGCCGGCGCCAAGGAGAAAGAGGGGGAGAAUGGCACCGGCGACGAGAGGGCAAACAAGAAGCAGCAGAAGAAGAAAGAAGACGGCGACGGUGGGAAGAAGAAAGAAGCGGCGCCCGUGGUGCUCGGGGUGGACCUGCACUGCGACGGCUGCGCCCGCAAGGUCGUCAAGGCCGUCAAGGCGGCGCAGGGUGUGGAGGGCGUUGCGGCGGACGUGGCCGCCGGCAUGGUGACGGUGAGCGGCAAGGCCGUCGACCCCUGGGACAUCAAGGACCGCGUCGAGGCCAGGACGCACAAGCCCGUCGCGUUCGUGUCCCCGCCCAACCCACCCAACCCCAAGAAGAAGAAGGACGGCGGCGACACCACCGCCGACGGCAAGAAGGGUCAGGCCGGCGACGGCAAUGGCGCCAAGGCCGCCGGCGAUGACAAGGGUCCGGAGUCGACGGUGGUGGUGAAGAUCGGGCUCCACUGCAACGGCUGCAUUGACCGGAUCAGGCGGACCGCGCACAAGAUCAAAGGCGUGAAGGAGGUGAAGGUGGACACGGCCAAGGAGCACGUGACGGUGCAGGGCACCAUGGACGCCAAGGCCCUCCCCGACCUGCUCCGGCGCAAGCUCCGGAGGGACGUCGACGUCGUGCCCCCGCCAGCGCCCAAGAACAAGGACGGCGGCGACAAGAAGAAGCAGCAGCAGAAGGACGGCGGCGAGGGGGCCGACAAGGUCGCCGGGGAGCAGCAGCAGCAGCAGGGACAAGGAGGCGGCGGUGGCAAGAAGAAGAACAAGAACAAGAACAGGCAGGAGGAGGGCGGGGAGGAGGCCGGCGGCGCUGCGGGGGUGGCGGAGCAGGCGUUCCCUAUGGCGAUGAUGUACGGCGGCGUGGGCGGCGGAGGAGGGGGAGUGGUAGCAGGGGGCUGGACGACGUCGUACCGGGUGGAGAUGCUGCACGCGCCGCAGCUGUUCAGCGACGAGAACCCCAACGCCUGCGCCGUCAUGUGA